AUGAUGCAGGCAGCCCUGGCUGCCCUGAUGGUCGGAGCUGCUCUAUCCACCACCGAGCCACAUGCCCACCUCGGGGCGUUGGUGUGCGACAUGGAGCCUGAGACCAUCAAAGCCUCAGCUCCUGGUGUCCUGGAGAACCUGAAGCUCUGCUCAGCACUGACAGGGGCCCAGCAAGAUGCCCUCAAUGCCGUGCUCCUCGGUGGGGACACAGUGUAUGGGGAUCCCUCGAGCUGGGAUUUCCAGACUCUGCAGCAUCUGGGGCCGCUGGUGCUGGCUUUGAACCAGACCACGCUGAGCUUGGUGGCCAAGGUGACACGGGAGGCUUUUGGCAGGAGCAUCAAGGCUGCAUACAGCAGGCAGGGGCAUUCCCAGCGGGAGAAGUCCCUGCUGCUCCUCAGAGCCUUGGUGGUACCACCAGCUGCAGCUCGCCCCAGGCGCAAGAGGAACGCUAAAAGCUGCACAUCCACACCUGUCACACCCAGCACCAUCUUGGACUUCAUCAUCGAUGACAGAGACAGUGAGGAUUUUGAUCUCUGCCUGAGCAAUGAGUUUGUUAAAGAACACCUGGAGCUUCUGAUGGAGCUGCCUCUACCCAAUGAAUUCAAACUGGUGGUGAAAAACAGGCUGAAGCAGGUGUACCCGAAUGGGAUCCCAGAGGGGCAGCUGAAGGUGCUGGGGGAUCUGUCAUGCCUGUACACAGCAGAGGAGAUCAGCCAGUGGAAUGUGACAUCCAGUGACACUCUCCUGGCCCUGCUCAACGAAGCAGAUGGCAAAUGCAAUGAUGCUCAGAUCCAGCAGAUGAUCAGCAUGUACCUGGACCUGGGAGGCAGCUGGAGUGGGGCUGUGCUUCAGAGAAUGGGUGGGGAAAACCUGUGCCAGCUGCAGGAGGAGCAGAUCGAGCAGAUACCUCCUGAAGCACUCAGGACUGCUGGACAACUAAACAUUAGUUCUUGCUCUCAAGCCAAGAAGGAGAAGCUCUACAGGAAAUCUAAGCAAGCCUUUGCUGACCAGACCAGCACCAUCAGAACCUAUUACUGCCGGAUACGACCAUACCUGGGUGGAGCUCCAGCAGAAGAUCUGAAAGAGUUGGCUGAAGCUGGCACUGCCAUAGACAUGGAUAUAGACACCUUUCUUGCCCUAAAUCCUGAUGAACUGGAGAAACUCAGCGUCACAGACGUGAGGAACUUGCUCGGAGGAAACCUCUCAGACCUGAAGGAGGCUGAAAACGAAAGCUCGGUGAUGCGCUGGCUGAAGAGGCAGCCCCAGAAGGAACUGGACCUCCUGAAUCUAGGCCUGCAAGGGGGAAUCCCAGAGCCCACUGCCAUGGGGACAACCUCCUCUCCUCGCCCCACUGCCACAGCCACUACCUCCCCCAAGUCCGCUGUCCCUACGGCUCCCACCACCCUCCCCACCACUACUGCCACUAGCAGCCGCCCUACUGCUGUAUCGACCACCUCUCCCCCUGGCACUAUCAACCCAAACACCACUUCUCCCAGCUCUGCCCCACCCUCUGCUCCCACACAUGAGCCCAACACCACCACCAGCACUGUUCCUAACCCAGUUUCUACCACCCACAACACCAGCACCCCACUGGCAUCUGUGAGCCCCCCAGCACCUGGAGGUACCACCCACCCUGCUCCUGCCACCCAGAACACCACCACCCCGAGCACCCACAGUGUUCCUAGCACCUUUAUCCCUAACUCCACCACUGCACCUGCUGCCACCACAACCACAGAUACGAAUCCUCCCUCUAAGCCCACUCCAGUCCCCAGCUCCACCCUCAGCAGUGUUGUCUCUUCCACGGCCAAGACUACAACGCUGGAUUGCAAGACUGGAACCCCCCCAACAUCUCUCCAACCUUCUUCUACUACUACCACCACCACUAAAGAAACACCCCCAGACAUGCCAGAGCCACCAACACCCAAUGGAUACAUCAACUUGAAACCUGAACCUGGAUCAGGGUCCAUGCUCUCCUGCUGCCUGCUGGCCAUACUGACUGCAGCUGUGGGGAGCUCGCUGCUGCCAGUGCUUCUCUGA